GAUAAUUGCUCCCGUCGGCUCACGGACGUCUCCAUCAACCAUUUCCUUUGUUGUUUGUUUUCUUCUUAGAAAACUCCCACGAGUCUGCGUUUACAGCCUUUGCUUCUGUGCGUCCACCCCAAAUCGUCGUCCUCCUCUUUACCUUUUUUUUUAAGCUUUCGCUGGCUCACGGCAUCAUCAAGGCAACUUAAACACACACACACAUACCUUACAUACCUCUCCCUCCGUUUUUCUUGCUGUCCGCCAUGUCCACCGAGGAGUGCUUCUGCAUCGGCAACAGAAACAAGCACGUCGUGCGGGUGCCGAUCGCCAUCGCCAACGAACUCUUCGGUAUCCUGAACAUGGACGCCGUCUUCGACAUCGUGAAGCAAAUCCACGGCGACAUGGAGGCGGGCGAUGAGGAUCAGGCCGAGGACGCGGAGGAGCUGAAAGUGGAGGAUUUGGAGUACAGCGACAGGGUGCUCGACGUCGUGCAGGAGUACGCGUUGCUGCCGCCGAUCGAUCGCACCAGCAACAUCCCGCGCCCGUUGACGCAGGACCUGAAGAGCGUGGUGUCCGCUGCGGCGAUGGACCUCGUGACGGCGGCCGAGAAGAACGACUACCUGGUGGACCUGCUGAACUGUUCCAUGUUUCUUCGCUGUGACCAACUCACGGCGCUCUGUGCGGCGUACAUGGCGAUGCGCAUCGAUGAAAUCGCGAAGGGAGCACCCGAUAUCAUGGCGGGUGCGCAGCGUAUCCGUGACUUCAUGCACAUGGAGAACGAGUGGACGCCGGAGGAGAUGGUGUACCUGCGGGAGGAAAUGAAUUACGCUAAAAGUGUGGACCCGAACGUGUACUGA